AUGAUCUACUUCUUGGAAGGUGGUGGAGCGAAAAAAGGAAUUUUGGGAAGAGUUGUUGGGAAGUUUGGAAUGGUAGGCAUAGAAGGCAAUGGAGGCAAGGUAACUUUGGGCAUAUUAGGGAAUGAGGGGAUGAUGGGUAUUUGUGGCUGUGGGAGUGUCGGGAUGGUGGGUAUUUGUGGCUGUGGGAGUGUCGGGAUGGUGGGUAUUUGUGGUUGUGGGAGUGUUGGGAUGGUGGGUACUUGUGGUUGUGGUACGGUUGGAGUUGCUUGCAACAAAUUGCGUGAAGCAUAA